AAUUAAUUAAUCUAAAAGAAUAAACGCGUGAAAUAAGAAUAAAAUAUAACGCGCUGUGUUGUGAUUUAUUGAAAUUAAAAUCAAAGGAGAAGAAAUCUUUUCAAAUCCCAAAAGCGAGAAUGUUUAAACAAAUAUAGCCGAGCAGACGUCGACGCAGCAGCAGCUAAAGAAUCGAGUGCAAAACAGAAUUACGUUCAUUAAGCAACACUAAAUUUGUGUCUAUCCGGCAGCACUGACAACAGCCUGGCAAGGACCUCGCGCUAACCAACACUGUUGCAAACAGCUGCGUGAAGGGCGCGCAGAGAGAACGGCAAUGCAAAAAUAAAAAAGAAAAGGCCAGAAGAAGUAUGAGUAAUAAGGAACAAACAGGAGCUGCAAAUGGAGAUGGCGACAAUGGUGGAGAUGGAGCAUCUAGAGGAGGAUUAGCAAUCGGAAGCCGGGAAAACUUUAAACGCAAUUCAAGUGCCUAUGGCAGCCUGCCAAUGGCCAUGGCAACGGGAACGACAGCAAACAGAAAUCGAAAUAAAGAGACAGCAGCCGAAUGUUUUGGUCUCUCGCACAGUUUGUCCAGCGAAUCGAUAAAACAAGUCUGCGACUGUUUCGACGAUGAGCUAAGCGACGAGGAUCUCAUAGAGAUACAACAGACGCCGCAGGGAUUCCAUCAGCAGAAAUCGCAUCCCUUGAAGCCCAUAAUCUUUAAGAUGGAGCAUGAUGAGGACAGGGAGGCUUUCUGUGGCGGCAGUCAAGAUAUGUCCAAUUUACCGCCCCUGAGCACGCCCAUCAAACAGAUGGCCCCUGCCGACGAGGAGGUGGCCCUCAGUGUGCUCAAUGAGCUGGAUGCCAUUUUAGAUGGACAUGAGCAUAAUGGCUGUUCCUCUUUAUCCUCUACGGACAACUCUUGUGUUGAGGACUAUCUCAUGGAUUUGGAUAACUAUUUGGAGGAAAUGGAUAAUGCCCUCAGUCGAGAGGAUUCAUUGGUCCAAUUGGGUUUGGGAGAGUCGACGAGCUUAAAACGAGAGCCAAGAACUAGAACUUUGCCAUUGAGCAAGAAGAGGAAGCAACUGCCACAUGCGAAAUCUGUAGAGGAUGGAGGAGUGGAACACCUUGAAGCAUCACCGGGUGCGUUCCAAGUGGGUCAGCCCAUGAGAAAGACCUUUAGUUGUGGUCUGACGCCAGCACUCUUAGCAAAUGGUGGCGAUAUCUGGCGUAGGCAAUCGAUGCGUCGCGCCAUGGAACAGGAACAGGAUUUAGAGGAUACCAAAGUCAUAGAGGAUGUGGUGGAGGAGUUACCCACAUUGCUGGUGGAUUUACCACCGCCAAGACGUUGCUUUUCCACGCCAGAACAAUUUCCCGUUGAGAAUCAGGCACAGACACAGUCAGCACAAGGCUCCCAGAUGCUAACGGAUGAGCAUAUUUUCGAUAAUCUUCUGCAGAAUGAGCAGCGAGCUUCUAGCGAAGAGCGACCACGUCAAUAUGGACGUCGUCUUGAGGGCCAUCCCACUCCGGUGCGUGGCAUAGCGGCCAUCACAAGCCGUCCACAGAGUGCUCCCACAAGGGUACAAUUUAGUUCCAGCGAAAGUGCUGCUCCUCCGCCAACACAGCACAUUAUGUCCACAUGCUCGGAAUUAAGCUCGGUGCGUUCUUCCCGCAUGCCCAGUCCGGUAUCCUUGGUCUCUGAUAGUAGUAGUAGUGACAGCUCCUCCUCCUCGUCGACUCACCAGGAUGCAGAUCGCGUGGAAUUGCAGGCAGCAACCCAAACGACGACAACUAUGUGCAGCAGUGACAGUUCCAAUCCCUUGGAUUCCCUACCGCCUGCGAACUUGCAGCGAGAGAAACGUGGAUUUAAUAGUCAAUGGCCACAUUCGGCCAGUCGUCCUUUAGCCUUGAUUGCCUGUACUCUGGGUGUCUUCAAUCUGUGUCGCUUUGCCGUCCUAACCAUCACUUUUGGUGGCAAUUUUCUGCUGCAGUUCCUUCUGCUCUCCGUGGUCUUUGGCAUUCCAUUGUUGUGGCUUCAAAUGUGCCUGGGAUCGAAAAUACGUGCCGGUCCCGUCUCAAUGUGGAAAAUCAGUCCCAUUUGCUGUGGUGUGGGCAUUGCCCUGGUCAUGGUCCAAUGUUUCUUGGCCAUUUACUCCACUGUUUCCAUUGCCUGGAUUCUGGUCUAUCUGAGGGAUGUCUUUCCCACGGCCACACGCAGUGUUUACCGCUGGCAGGAACUGGCCUUUCCCUAUCGCUAUGAUGCAGCCAAUGCCACAGGGAAUCUCACCCAAACAGUGGCAGAGUAUUUCAAUAUUGUUGUGCUGCAGCGCCUCCACUUGGCGAAGCAUUCGGAUUCGAGUGGCGUACGUUUCCAUGUAAAUGAUCGGCAGCUGGCUUUCUAUUUGGCUCUGAUUUGGGCUGGAGUCUUUAUUAUACUCUGCAAAGGAUUAAAAUCUCUUGGCAAAUUUGCCUAUCUCAUCAAUACUUUGCCUCUGAUAGCCCUCAUGGUGGUGACCAUUAAGUUUGCCUAUGUCGUGGAUCCCAAGAAAUUAGAGAAUAUCUUUAACCAAAGUGAUUUUGAUGACUUUCUGGUGAAUGCGAACAGCUGGACAGCGGCCACACAGGAAACAUUUCUCACCUGGGGUCUCUUGGGAGCUUCGGCCAUAGCCAUUACGAGUAGGAGUCAUGCUCAGGUCAGUAAGACCACUCUAAGACGAGAUGCCAUACUCCUGGUGUUGUUUACUCUGUGGGGUCUUGGUUUGAUGGCCUUAUUGGCACUUUGCUGUGCUCAGAUUCUACAUCAAAAUGGUUAUGUCUAUGUGCCUGGAUCUUAUGAAAACCCGGAUUGCUAUACCUCUGUGUAUUCCCUGGCGGCUCAUCCGAAUCCUCAGUUGUUGUCCUAUCCAACGCCGCUAAUGCCUCAUUACUCCUCUUUUAUGGGUGAAACGUAUCGCAGGAAUCGCACCAUGCUGCAUAUUGAAAGUGGUUUUCAGGCUUUACGUUUCAUUACGGAACUAUUUCCGGCUGUGCUCUCACUUGCCAGUGAUAGCAUCUCUUGGAUAUGGGCUGCUGUUGCCUUCAGUCUCUUUGCUGGCUUUGGCCUGGCCCAGUUGUGUGUGAUGUGGAAACCGAUAUCAAGUGCCUUGGGUAAUUCAACUAGUUCGGUGCUCUUGAGCUGCGUCACUGGACUCCUGCUGAGUAUCCCCUUUGCCACUGAAAUGGGCAUAUCGAUUCUAUAUUAUGUGGACUUUCUGCUUGGUGGCUCUUGGUUUAUACCCAUCAUCUGGACAGCUCAGAUCUUUGGGGUAUUCCUUAUACGCGGUCGGCCCUACAAUGGUGAUGAUUUGGUCAAUGAUCUGCGCAUGUGUGGCUCCAUGUCCGCAUUUUUAGCCCUUUCAUGGAAUGUUCUGCUGCCCAUUGGUUUGAUCACCUUAUCGGUCAUUGAUUAUAAGGCAUCGCUAUCGAAUCAGUUCUAUUAUUGGCGUGGCAAAUCCUACUUUAGCUAUUGGUCGCGAAAAAUGGGCAGCCUUAUCCAGAUUGGCAUUGUUUUGGUUAUUCCCGUGACGGCCAUUAUACAGAUCUAUCGCUAUUUGACCAACGGACCAGCUGAUAUACUUGAGCGCAUUCAAUUGCUGUAUCGUCCACCAGAAGAGGGAGAUGAACCACGACGUCCAGCUGCUCGUCAGAGUUCAGCCGAUAGCCGACGCAAUGCCAAUGGACAGCAACAAGAGCAGAGUCAUCUGGAGGCUCAGAAUGAUGCCCCGCCCAAGUAUACACCGCCGCCCUCGUAUACCACAGCCACGGGUGCCCGUUUGGCCAAGCUAUUGCGUCAGAGCAUACGCCGCAGUGUGCGGAGAGUUCUUGGUGGUGACUCCUCUAGCCGCACACGCCCCAUACUUUCGCUAGAUGCUGAAUCACCAGCAAUGCCAACAAUUGCGCCGCCCGAUUAUUUAACCAUAUUGACGAAUCCAAAUGGUGAGGCAAUGGGCAACAGUGCCAAUAGUUCCCAGCCAUCUUCUCCAGCAGGAGCUGCCAGUAGCAGUAGUCCCGAGUCCAUAGAGAUUGAUCAACGACCAAUGGCUGGCUAUGCACAACGCUCCCAAUCUCUAGGUAGAAAACUACAACGACCAGCGACCAGUCAUUCGGCUAGGGCUACACUAGAACGACGUCCCUAUACGGCCGAGGAUGUGGUGACCAUUUUGCGCUCUUCGGCACGUCAUCGUCAACCGCCUUCAUCGCGACAAGGUGGUGGUGUUAGUGGUGCCACGACAUUGCCGCGUCCGCCUCCCGCUGGUGCCUCCAUGUCGACGCAUCUGGAGGAUGCAUCGUUUCGGUCCAUCGAGAAUCUUGUGCUCAAUGCCGAGCCACCGGAUCGGACGCCCGGAGUGGAUGUGGAUGAAAAUAAUACAUCUGUGAUUUAAUUGACUAAUAAUCGUAGACCUAAAAAAACAGAAACAGAAAGCUCUUAUGAGAAAUCCAACAUAUCUUUGCUUGCUUUUUAUGUAGACUUGAUUAGCUCGUAGUUAUAUACAAUUACGAAUAUGCAGAAACUAUUUUGUAGUUAUAUAUCAAUUAUAUAUAUAUAGUAAUUAAACGAUUAAUUAUAAUAUCGACUAAAA